AAACAAUGUGUGGGCCAGCCCAACAAAGCGCAAUGCCCCAGACAACGAUUACCCCAGACCUAUCAUGACGAAGAAGAAGCCGAAAGGCACUGCGCAAGGUCUUACAGAACAUGAGACAUUAGACGUUUCAUCAGGAACGAAUGGUCAAAAUCCCUCCACUACAACAUCUACACCUUCCGCGCCGCCCACACUGGUGAUAUGUCGCAACAAACAUUGGCGAUACAUUUCAUCCUACCAUGGCCCAUGGCUUAGCCUGCCUCCAGAAGUCCUCGAGAGUCUCGCCUUUAGCAACUACUACUCUCCUCGCCCGAGACCGGUCGACCCAGCAGUAUUCUUUGACCUUGUCAAGAUCAGAAAACUAAUCGACGAAGCCACGAGUCUGGCUGUUCGCGCCGCCAAUGGCACCACAUCGGCUUCGUUACACAACUCACUCAAUGGGAACAAUGGAAUGCUCUAUGGAGCAGACGCCGAAAUACUUGGGCUGGGUUCAUCAAGAGGGGGCGGGAAUGCAAAACUCAGUCGCGAACGAAAACAUCGUAUGAGGGAACAUGCUACGCAGAAAUUGUCCCAUGCAUACCGUCUCGACGAGAUCGCUUCAAGUGUGGCUGUAAUGCAAUCAGCGUCGGCCUUGGAGGAUGUAGCAAAGCACGUCUUGCAGAGAAACGAGCAGGAUCCUGACGCCGAAUACGUUCACUUCUUCCACGAGAAGAUACCUUCGAUGUGCAUGGCGCAACACACAGACCUAAAUACUCUGAGCGAUGUGAUCCGCCAGAGACCUACGGAGGCGUCAACGUACAGGACGAGAGCUGUAGCGCGUGUGUUCAAGGAUGACUUGGAAGGAGCGGCUCUAGAUUGCACUGACGGGUUGAAAACGUUCAGACUAUACCAUCCACAACACCAGGAUCAGCAGAGAGAUCUCAUUUUAGCCAAGGACGCUGCGAAAAUCAACCGAGACUACCGGUCUGAUGGUCGUGUCGAGGAGAAGGAUCAGCCCAGCAGCCUGGAACCGCAGCUUCUCUUCCAUCGGGGAAAUGCAUAUCUGACCCUUGCAUGCGACAAUAUUGGUCGAGCCUUGAGAGGCAUUCCGAGAGGUGAAAGCAAUCUUAACGGAGCAUCGCAUAAUGGUGGCUCGACACCCGAGGCUCCUUCAUAUCUUGAGAAAGAACAAGCACGGGACAGUGCUGAUGCGCGAAAGUUGGUACGGACUUUCGCGAAACGAGCCCUUCGUGACUACGUGUCGUUUCUGUCGCAUUUUGACUACACUCCAGGCCUUUCGACCGAGUACACGGAGGCUUUCCUGGAAAAGGUCAACUCGACGAACUUCGGGAAUGGAAGACGAUCGCGGAGCGAAAGACUGCUCGACCUCGACGCGCAUUCUGGUUCUGCGCUGUCAGAAGCACUUGUCAAAUACGAAGGUCAGAAAGACCGACAGCAAAAGCAACCUCUGCCUCAGAUACCAAAACCAGCGAUCUACACAUUGAACACGCUAUUUGCCGCAAUGCCUCCCACUGAUCUGCCGCCCUAUCCUCCUGAGCCAGGCGCACGUCUCGAUACUGACACUUUCUCACUCCCGGAUUUUUCUGAAGCAGUUACUUACCAUCCAUUGCUGACGGACGUCCUCCACUCUCUUCUCUUGUGCCACUGUCUUAUCCAAACCUCAACCAAGGAGCAUUUACGACACGGCUAUAUGGCUGCGCGCAUUGCGAGAGUCUGUGAUGGGUACCCUGUGUUCCUUGCUGCGCGGUCUCCUGCCAGAGCGGAUUGGGUCGAGGUGCUGAGGAGGUCAAAGAAUUGGCUCGGUCUGUCUGCUAGUUGGGAGGAUCUAUGCUCUCCGGCACCACUUCCUGGGCAGAAUGGGCAUCACAAACCCAAACCUCAUAAGGAGAGCGUGGCCAACGGGAAACUCAUCGAGCAAGCCCCUGCGGACGAGCGAGCCGCGAAUCAGGAAGCAAUGAGGGCCAGCCUGAAAGCCCGCGAGUUGAAAGCUGCUAGACGCGAAGAAGAAGAGGCAAGGAAAGAGUACUGUCGGGCCAAGAUGCCGGAAAGUGGCGCGGACGGGAAUGGCCUGGACACAAAUGCUUCGGCCCGAAAACCGAGGCGAUGGGCUCAAGAAGAUGGCAGGGAGUAUCCGGUCACGACCGAAAGAGCAGAAGCUAUUGUCAGAUGGAUCAUGGAUGCACCUCCGCCUAGUUCUACCGAUGGAGGCAGUCGGCCCAAGAAGAGAUCUGCGGCGAAAGGCAGGUUGCGGAAGAUGGCAAGCACGACUUCAAGCCUGCAAGAUACAGGUCUUGAGCGGAGCGUGGAGAGCCUUGAUGUUGAUGACUGAUUUCGCUGCGAGUCGGUACUACCAGAAGACGAUGGCGACCACCAGUAAUUGUCAUUCUCGAAGAGCCUGUUCUUGUUGGUUUGUGUUGAGUAGAGUCCUGGCUUCGAAAAUCAGCAAGUCAUGAAUAUGAGCUUUGGCGGAGCAUAUGUGCCACGAUGGUUCAUAUGGCUUCGUCCUUGAGAUACCCCAAUCAAAUGAUAUCAUUCCAACCUGGG